AUGAUGGCAUUGUUUCCUCUCUACCUUGUGUCAACCUUGAUUCUAGUGGGUGGAAAACCUAAUGGCUUGACCCUGAGCCUUAUUCACCAGGACUCCCCCGAAUCACCUUUCUUCCAAAGUAGCCUUACCCNGGGUGGAAAACCUAAUGGCUUGACCCUGAGCCUUAUUCACCAGGACUCCCCCGAAUCACCUUUCUUCCAAAGUAGCCUUACCCGCAAAGACAAAAAAGAAAAAUUCAUAGUGCAAUACGAUGCUCCUUCUAGCUACCUGUCUAAUGUGUCAACUAAUUCUCUACAUCCUCAAAUGGUGCGUCCACAAGUUGAUGCUCAAACUUCCAAUUACAUAGUAAAAAUUGGCAUUGGCACAUUCAAGGCCAAGCCGACAUACAAAGAAUACUACUUGUUAAUGGAUACCGGCAGCAGCACAUCAUGGACACAGUGUGAGGGUUGUACAAGGUGCUUCAAUCAGACACCAGGGCCUUUCCCUAAGAAUAGCUCAAAAUCUUAUCGCCCAAUUCUCUGUGAGGACAGACUUUGCAUACCAAAAAUAUGCGAUGGGAAGUAUUGUUCCUACUCUGUAAGGUAUGUAGACAAAAGCUACACAUAUGGCAUUCUUUCAAAAGAAACUUUCUCUUUCAAUUCCAAUACUACCAAUAUCGAAAAGGUCGAGAGCUUGGUCUUUGGUUGCGGUAGUGAUAACUACAUGAGAUUUUCCGGUGCAAACAAUAAUAAAAUUGCAGGAAUAAUGGGUCUAGGAUGGGGUCAGUUCUCGUUUGUGAAUCAGAUUCACUCUGUGAGUGAUGGAAGAUUUUCAUACUGCCUUCCAGUACUUAAUCAAUACAUUCGGCCAGUUCCAAGGAUACCGAUGACAUAUCUAAGGUUCGGUGCAGAUAUACCCGAACAACGAGGUUUAGCAAGAACACCAUUGAAACAUAUUAACAACAGAGGACAAUACUUCCUAGAUUUGAGAGGCAUUAGCCUCAAUGGGCGAAGACUUAAUAUAGAUGCAGCAGUGUUUGCUUUGGGAAGAAAUGGCAGUACUGGAGGAUGCAUAAUAGACAAUGGUACAACAUAUUCACGCCUUAUCAGGCCUGCUUAUGAGAUACUAAAAAGAGAGCUGGAAAAUCAUUUUUCAAGAUUUAAAAACUUGAGUAGGUACCGCAGUCAGCGGGGUGCAAAUUUAUGCUACGAGAGAAAGAAGCCGGAAGGUUUUCAAAACCUUCCAUCAAUCACAUUCCAUUUCCAAGGAUUGAAUGCUGACCUUUUAGUCCGGCCUUGGGGCGUCUUUCAAGUUGUGGAUAAAUAUCAUUCAUCAACGCAUCGUGAAUAUUUUUGUUUGGCUAUGAUACCUGGUGAUAUCAAGAGUGUAAUUGGAGCACACCAACAGGCAAACCAGAGAUUCGUUUAUGAUACGAAAAAUAAUCAAAUGCUCUUCAAAUCCGAGUCGGAGGUUGAUGGUGAUACAUUGGCCUGCCGUGUGCCAUCUGUUUGA